UUCAAACCGUCAAGUUCAGUGGAUAAAUAAAAAGUGAAAAGUGCUCUACAAAGGAGUGUUAAUAAUAUAAACCCAGGAUAAAGCAAGGAUUAACAGUGUCCGAAGGAUAUAGCAAGGAUAAUCGGAUUAUCAGUGUCCUUGCAGAAAUGGAUUACCAGUGUUAAAUAGCAACAGGAUACUCCUGUUUUUCCUAAGUUAAGCAAACAUAGUUUGCUUCUGACAAACAGAAUGUCAAAUAAAGUGAUUUCAUUGUCCUUGUGGCUGCUCUUAAUAUCCUUUGUGUGGGCCGAGGAUGGAGACAUUAUCAUGAAAGAUGAGGAUGAUGAAGAUAUAAAUCCGCUGGAUCAAGCCGCACCGGAAGCCGUCGAUAACGAGAGUUCCCGCAACGAGCGCCACGUUAGCUUCAGGGUCCUGAAAGCCCCCCCAGUUAGUGCUGCCUACACUUAUGGCGCUUCGGGAGGAAGCAGUGGAGGAUAUAGUGGAGGCUAUAGUGGAGGAUAUAGUAGCGGUGGAGGAGGAUAUGGCGGUGGUGGAGGAUAUGGUAGCGGUGGUGGAGGUUACGGCACUGUUAUAAGGACAUCUCAAGCAGGAGGAGGUGGCCUUAAAGGAGGACUGCUAACCAAAACCUUAAACAUCUUUGGCCUUGGAAAGGGCCAGGCAAAUUUCUACGGAGCAGGUGGCCAGUAUCUGGCGGCCUUUGGAAAGUGCUCUGCUCUGCAACUCCCAGUAAAUGUUCAAUCCGAGUGCAACAAUGGAAAGUGCAAGGUUUUCUGCCCAGCUGGUUACAGUUUCGCCCAGAAUGUGCAGAUCCUGGAGAUGUUCUGCAGCAACGAUGGCUGGAUCAUUGGCAACUCUGUGUUCACCCAGGUGCCUCCCUGCCAGGCACAAUGCAAUCCGGGUUGCCAGAACAACGGCAUCUGCAUUUCCGCCGGAGUUUGCCAGUGUCCGGAGAAUUAUUAUGGACCAUUGUGUCAGCAGAAAAAGUCGGUAUGUGCUUCCAUUCCAAAGGCGCCAAAGAACUCCAAAAUGUCCUGCAUGAACAAUAUUUGCCACGCGGAGUGCAUGAGGGGAUUCCAGUUUCCAGAUGGCAGUGGCAUCACCAACAUUGAGUGUCGAAAUGGCCAGUGGAUUCACACCAAGACGGGUCUUGCCAAAACUCCCGAUUGUGCUCCUACUUGUGCACCCGCCUGCCAGAAUGGAGGACAAUGCAUCAGCUUCAAUGUCUGCCAGUGCUCCAAGAUGUUCCGCGGUGCUCACUGUCAAUAUAAUGUGGAUAGUUGCAAUGUUACCAACACCAAUUUCAAUGGAAACUAUAAGUGUGCCUAUGAAAUGGAGGAGGCUCGUUGUACAUUCAGCUGCCCUCAAGUGCCAGGAUUGCAGAUUCAAGGCCGCAUUGAUAUAGAGUACAAGUGCAACUAUCAACAAGGACAAUACCUUCCUGCUCCACUUCCAAAGUGCAUAUUCCCUCCUGGCUACAAAAUCCGAUCCACAUCCUCCUCACGCGAUAUAACAAAACAAAUUGGUGGAGUUUAUCAACACGGAAUGAGUGGUGAAAUGGCUUACGAAAUCCAAACCGAACGCCAAAAACUUUUGGCUUUGCUGGCCAAAUACAGAGAUCUCGAAAGAAGAAGUGAAUGGUGGUCUUCGGAGGAAACUGUCGUCACCCUUAGCAGUUAUUCCUUGUACCAAAGCAACGAUUUGGAUAUCGUCAUUGAUAAAACACCGCGACCUGCAAUUUGCACCACUUGGGGUGGUAUUAACAUGAAGACCUUUGAUGGUCUGGUCUUCAAGGCACCUCUUUCGUGUUCUCAUACACUGAUUACAGACAAAGUUUCAGGUACUUUCGACAUUAUCCUGAAGGCUUGUCCAUAUGGUUCUGGUUAUGGUUGUGCCCACACAUUAAAGAUCUUGUGGCAAUCCGUGCUGUACACCUUCGAAAAUCUAAAUGGCACCAUGCAACUCAGCACUCCCAUUAAAAAGCUACCCAUGCCUGUUCAGGUGAUGGGCAUGAAAGUAAUGCCAGUGGCUCAACAUGUGCAGAUCGAUCUGGAAUCCGUUGGCCUUAAGUUGGACUGGGAUCACCAUCAGUACGUUUCCGUGCAGGCUGGUCCUCAAAUGUGGGGAAAAGUGGGAGGUCUUUGCGGCUCCUUGGAUGGGGAUAUCAACACGGAUUUGACUUCGAGGACGGGCAAAAAGUUGGAGACUGUAAAAGCAUUCGCGGAUGCCUGGCGUGUCGAGGAUCACAGUGAACUGUGCCAGGUGGAGAACAGUGCUGAGUUGGAAUUCGGAGUGGAUUCAUGUGAGCAAAGCAAACUCCAAAAGGCUGUCUCCGUUUGCGAGCGACUGUUGGCCAACGAGAAACUGGGUGAUUGCAUCAAACCCUUCAACUACGAUGCCCUAAUUCGCACCUGCAUGGCUGACUAUUGCAAUUGUGCCAAUCGAGAACAUCCAGAGAGCUGCAACUGCGAUGCCAUCGCCAUGUUGGCCAAGGAGUGCGCCUUCAAGGGCAUCAAGCUGGAGCACGGAUGGCGGAAUCUGGAGAUUUGUCCAAUUAGCUGUGGUUUUGGACGCGUUUACCAGGCCUGCGGACCCAACGUGGAGCCCACCUGCGAAUCGGAUUUGGCCGUUGCAACUUCGAGGGGCACUUGCAACGAGGGCUGCUUUUGUCCUGAGGGAACCGUUCAAUACAAAGAGGCCUGCAUCACCCGAGAACUCUGCCCGUGCUCCCUUCGCGGCAAGGAAUUCAAACCAGAAUCGACGGUCAAGAAGAACUGCAACACGUGCACCUGCAAGAAUGGACAGUGGCGUUGCACGGAGGAUAAAUGUGGCGCCCGCUGUGGGGCAAUUGGAGAUCCGCAUUACCAGACGUUCGAUGGCAAGCGGUACGAUUUCAUGGGCAAGUGCUCCUACCAUCUGCUGAAGACCACGAACAUGUCGGUGGAGGCGGAGAAUGUGGCUUGUUCGGGAGCAGUUUCGGAGGGUAUGAACUUUGCAGCUCCCGACGAUCCAUCGUGCACCAAAUCGGUUACGAUUAGAUUUAUUUUACGGGAUGGUACUCCAUCGGUUAUUAAACUGGAUCAGGGUUUAACCACCGUGGUCAACGACAAACCCAUUGCCAAGCUGCCAAAGAUGUUGGGUUUGGGCGAAGUGCUCAUCCGUCGAGCGAGUUCCACUUUCUUGACCGUGGAGUUUGCAGGUGGCAUUCGCAUUUGGUGGGAUGGAGUUUCGCGGGUUUACAUCGAUGCUCCGCCUAGUUUGCGUGGCCAAACGCAGGGUCUGUGUGGCACCUUUAAUUCGAACACCCAGGAUGAUUUCCUGACUCCCGAAGGAGAUAUUGAAACGGCAGUGGAACCUUUUGCGGACAAGUGGCGCACCAAAGAUACUUGCGAAUUCAAGGCGGAGACUCAUCAAGGACCGCAUCCCUGCACUUUAAGUCCGGAGAAGAAAGCUCUUGCGGAGAAGCAUUGCGACUGGAUUCUGCAGGAUAUCUUCCAGGACUGUCACUUCCUGGUCGAACCAGAGCAGUUUUAUGAGGAUUGCCUGUACGACACAUGUGCCUGCAAGGAUGAUCUUACAAAGUGCUUCUGCCCCAUUUUGUCUGCCUACGGAACUGAGUGCAUGCGACAAGGAGUUAAGACAGGAUGGCGUAUGACGGUCAAGGAGUGUGCUGUGAAGUGUCCCAUGGGUCAAGUUUACGACGAGUGCGGCGAUGGAUGUGCCCUCACCUGCGAUGAUCUCCCGAGUAAGGGAUCCUGCAAACGCGAGUGCGUGGAAGGAUGUCGUUGUCCCCAUGGAGAGUACGUCAACGAGGAGGGCGAGUGUGUGCCGAAGCAGAAGUGCCACUGCAACUUCGACGGCAUGUCCUUCCGUCCAGGAUACAAAGAGGUUCGCCCGGGUGAGAAGUUCCUGGAUCUUUGCACCUGUACGAACGGAGUGUGGGAUUGCCAGGAUGCGGAACCAGGUGACAAGGACAAGUACCCUCCUUCGUCGGAACUGCGAUCCAAGUGUGCCAAACAGCCCUUCGCCGAGUUCACAAAAUGUGCUCCCAAAGAACCGAAAACCUGCAAGAAUAUGGAUAAAUACGUGGCCGAUUCUUCGGAAUGUUUGCCAGGAUGCGUUUGCAUGGAGGGUUAUGUCUACGAUACUUCCCGUUCGUCCUGCGUCCUGCCAACUAACUGCUCCUGUCAUCACGCCGGAAAGAGUUACGAUGACGGUGAGAAGAUCAAGGAGGACUGCAAUCUUUGCGAGUGCCAAGCUGGCAAUUGGAAGUGCUCGAAAAAUGGUUGCGAAUCCACGUGCAGCGUUUGGGGAGAUUCCCAUUUCACCACCUUUGAUGGUCAUGACUUUGAUUUCCAAGGAGCCUGUGAUUAUGUCCUUGCAAAGGGAGUUUUCGACAAUGGCGAUGGCUUUAGUAUUACCAUUCAGAAUGUUUUAUGCGGCACAAUGGGCGUCACUUGCUCGAAGUCUUUGGAAAUAAGUUUAAGUGGUCAUGCUCAAGAAUCGCUGCUUUUGAGUGCGGAUUCCGCUUACAGCAUUGAUCCAAAUAAGUCGCCCAUUAAAAAACUUCGUGACAGUGUCAACUCGAAAGGUCACAAUGCCUUCCACAUUUACAAAGCUGGUGUCUUUGUGGUUGUGGAAGUGAUUCCCCUGAAAUUGCAAGUCAAAUGGGAUGAAGGCACUCGAGUUUACGUAAAACUGGGCAACGAAUGGCGCCAGAAAGUCAGUGGCUUGUGUGGCAACUACAAUGGCAACAGUCUGGAUGACAUGCAGACACCUUCCUUGGGUUUGGAGGCCAGUCCAAUGCUAUUUGGUCAUGCCUGGAAACUUCAGCCUCAUUGCUCGGCUCCAGUGGCUCCCAUUGAUUCCUGCAAACAACAUCCAGAACGUGAAACCUGGGCUCAAUUGAAGUGUGGAGCCCUGAAGUCGGAUCUCUUCAAGGAGUGCCAUGCUGAGGUUCCCCUGGAAAAAUUCUGGAAGCGCUGCAUCUUCGAUACUUGUGCCUGCGAUCAGGGAGGCGAUUGCGAGUGUCUUUGCACUGCAAUGGCUGCUUAUGCCGAUGCCUGUGCUCAGAAGGGCAUCCACAUUCGCUGGAGAUCGCAACACUUUUGCCCCAUGCAAUGUGACCCAACCUGUUCGGACUACAAGGCCUGCACUCCAGCGUGUGCGGUGGAGACCUGUGACAACUUCCUCGAUCAGGGAAUCGCAGAGCGCAUGUGCAACCGGGAGAAUUGCCUCGAAGGAUGCCACAUUAAACCUUGCCAGGAUGGAUUUAUCUAUCUGAACGACACCUACCGCGAAUGUGUUCCCAAGGCGGAAUGCAAACCGGUUUGCAUGGUGAAGGAGGGCAAGACUUUCUACGAGGGUGACAUCACGUAUACGGAUUCGUGUGCCACAUGUCGAUGCUCCAAGCGAAAGGAGAUUUGCAGCGGAGUCAAGUGCGAGGUGCCCGUGACCACACCCCGUUUGGCUCCUUUAAUUGAAGGCACCACCAUGCCUCCUCUGGCCACCCAAAACCAGACCAAGUGCGUCAAGGGAUGGACGCGAUGGUGCGACAAGGAUAAGGACACUUCGCACAAGGAUGUUCGACUGAACGAUGAGGAGAAGGUUCCCCGUUACGAUCGCAUGGAGAAUGUCUAUGGAACUUGCCUAAAGGAGUACAUGACCAAGGUGGAGUGUCGGGUGAAGGACACCCAUGAAAACCCCGAUCAAAUGGACGAGAAUGUGAUUUGCAAUCUGGAGGAGGGACUAAGAUGCAUUGGCAAGUGCCACGAUUACGAAUUGCGUGCCUUUUGCCAGUGCGAUGAAGAACCCGAACCGGAAGCACCCAAACCCACUGAGAAACCACAACUUGGACUUUCCUGCGAUACUGGAAUUGCGGAGUACAAGGAAUUCCCCGGAGAUUGCCACAAAUUCCUGCAUUGCCAACCCAAAGGAGUCGAGGGAGGUUGGAUUUAUGUAGAGCAAACCUGCGGGGAGUUCAUGAUGUUCAAUCCAACGAUGUUCAUUUGCGAUCACAUUGCCACUGUACAAGAGAUCAAGCCCAAUUGUGGCGUGAAACCCAAACCUGAACCCGAACCGGAACCCAUUAGAGAAUGUCCUCCCGGAAAGAGGAAAUCUGAGUGCGCCAAUCAAUGUGAACACACCUGUCAUUAUUAUGGCAGCAUAUUGAGAAAGCGAGGUCUCUGCCAAAUUGGCGAGCAUUGUAAGCCGGGUUGUGUGGACAACCUGCGACCGGAUUGCAAUAGUAAAGGAAUGUUUUGGUUGGAUGAGGAUACCUGUGUCCAUGCCGACGAUUGUCCCUGCAUGGAUAAUGCUGAGCACUAUGUUCAGCCUCAUAAGCCAGUUGUUGGGGAGUUUGAGGUGUGUCAGUGCAUUGACAAUACUUUUACUUGUGUGCCCAAUAAACCAGAGCCAGUUCCCAAAGGAGGAGAUGAAGAAAUAGAUAUCGUUCCUUUGGUUCCUAUACUCCCAGUUACAGUCACACCACCACUACAUUGUUCUCCAGAGCGACUCAUUCCCAAGAUAGAAAGCCCUGUAUUUUUACAACCCGACAGCGUCUUUAACGCCAGUUCUCAAUUGGCCCCAGAACAUGGUCCUAAAAUGGCUCGUUUAACCAAAGAUCAUCCAAAGGGCAGUUGGUCACCCAGUAUUAACGAUCAAAUGCAGUAUUUGGAACUGAAUUUCGGCAAACCAGAGCCAUUCUAUGGUGUGAUUAUGGCUGGUAGCCCUGAGUUUGAUAACUAUGUAACCCUGUUUAAGAUCCUUCACAGUCAUGAUGGAGUAGCCUACCAUUAUCUGGUUGACGAAACAGAAAAGCCACAAAUGUUCAAUGGUCCCUUGGAUUCCAGAGCUCCAGUAAAAACACUCUUCAAGAUUCCCAUUGAAGCUAGUUCCCUUCGCAUUUAUCCUCUUAAGUGGCACAACUCCAUUGCCAUGCGAGUGGAGCUUCUCAUCUGCGGAGAUAAAGUGGAAUCCCCACCAGUGCUCCCGAUUCCAACAAUACCACCCAUCACAGAACAUCCACCUCAAUUGGUUGAGCAAGAAUGCAUCGAUUUAAUGGGCGUGGAUGAGGGUAAGAUGUAUCAGGAUCAAGUUCAAUCGAGCAGCUUGUGGCACCAACCAAAUCAGGGCAAGAAACCACAGCUUCUGGAGCUGCUAAAAUUAUCAACACCACAUGCUUGGCGUCCACUUGCCAACAGUCAAAACGAGUUCAUUGAGUUUGAUUUCCUGGAGCCACGGAAUAUUUCUGGAUUUGUUACGAAGGGAGGUCCCGAUGGAUGGGUCACUGGCUACAAGGUGAUGUUCUCCAAGAAGAAACCCACUUGGAAUACUGUGUUAUCUCCUAAUGGACAACCACGCAUCUUUGAGGCAAAUGUCGAUGCAGAAAACGAGCGGAGACAUCAUUUCAAGAAACCCAUAUUGACCCAGUAUCUCAAAGUUGUGCCAGCUUAUUGGGAAAGAAACAUAAAUAUGCGGAUUGAACCACUGGGAUGCUUUUUACCAUAUCCUGAAAUCCAGCGACAAGUUCCUGUGGAAGAAACCAAGCCCACAAAAUGCAACAUCUGCGAUGGUGUGACUCCCACUAGUUCCUCCUCCGAUUGCCAAUGCAAGGAUCAACUUUUCUGGGAUGGCAACAACUGCGUUCAGCACAACCUUUGUCCUUGUGUAGAGAACUACAUUACCUAUCCGAUAGGCAGUAAGUUCGAGAACUCAGCCUGCGAGGAUUGCGUUUGCGUACUUGGCGGUCAUAAGAAUUGCAAGCCGAAGAAGUGUCCCCCUUGCCAGGAUGCCAAAUUGCGUCCUGUCAUCACUAGUGAUUGUUUCUGCAAGUGUGAACCCUGCCCCAAACACCAGAGAUUGUGUCCAUCAAGUGGAGACUGCAUUCCGGAGAUUCUUUGGUGCAAUGGAGUUCAGGAUUGUGCCGAUGAUGAGGAUGCCAGUUGCAGUGAUUCGUUCACUGUGGAGCCAGAAAUUACGAGGGCAAAGAAUCUGACUGAAGUCAUCACAUGUCCCAAGCCAGUUUGUCCACCUCAAAUGAAGAUUAAAAUCACGGAGAAAAAGUUUAGGAAAAUGUCCAAGAUGUUUACUUUCUCAAAACAAGUAUCCAUAGUGGAUGAUGGAUUGACUAUAACAAAGACCAAGUUCAUCUCCUCCAAGGAGCAAAUUCUGGCCAUGCCAAAUCAGGAAUUGGAUUUCCAUCAGGAGGAGCAGUGCGAUGAAUUCACUUGUGUUCCCAUUCCCACCAAGAGUGUCGAUAAAAAUGAGACCAUCACCUGCACGGAACCAAAGUGUCCUGAAAAAUACGACGUGGAGUUGGAUAUGAGUACGGCCAAAGUGGGAGAUUGCCUUAAGUACACCUGUGUCCUGCGUCCCAAUAAAGAUGAUGUGUGUGAAAUUAGUGGCAAGAGCUUCACCACCUUUGAUGGCACCAUUUUUAAAUAUGGACCUUGUAGUCACAUUUUGGCUAGGGAUAUUUACAAUAGCAGUUGGUCUAUUUCAGUUCACCAACAAUGUAACGAUGAAUCCCGCAAAGUCUGUCACAAAGUAAUCACAAUUCAGGACACCGAAGCUGGCAACGAAUUGAUUUUAUUGCCCCAUCUGAAGCUCAAGUUCAAUGGCUAUGAGUUUACAGUUCAACAGUUGAUUAAUUCACCCAUUUGCAAGGCUUCAUUUGUGGUCUCUCAACCAGGCAAGACCCUUCUAGCCGUUUCCACCAAAUAUGGUUUCUGGGUGCAGCUCGAUGACAUUGGAAUCGUGAAGGUUGGCAUUUCAUCCAAGUUUAUGCGAACUGUCGAUGGUCUGUGUGGUUACUACAAUGGAAAUCCAAAGGACGAUAAGAGAUCACCCGAUGGUCAAAUCAUUCCGAACACAGAGAAAUUCGGAGAUAGUUGGUAUGACAAGAAAAUUCCCAAGGAGCAGUGCGGAGAUCUCAAGUGCUCGAGAGAAAUGCAGGCAAAGGCUUUGCAGCUUUGUAAUAUCAUUCACCAUCCAACCUUUGCUCGCUGCCACAAGGCCGUCAACUACAAACAGUUCCUUAACAAUUACUGUGUGGAAGCUGCCUGCAACUGCAUGAUGGCCAACAAUGGAGACUCGGCUGCCUGCAAGUGCAACAUCCUGGAGAGCUUUGUGAAGAAGUGCCUCAGCAUGAACCCACUUAUUCAGUUGACCACCUGGAGAGCCGUGGCUCAGUGCGAGAUCAAUUGCCCUGCGCCAUUAGUUCACACGGAUUGUUACAAGAGGCGAUGUGAACCAUCCUGCGAUGCGGUUCAUGGUGACGAUUGUCCAGUUCUUCCGGAUGCCUGCUUCCCGGGUUGCUAUUGUCCCGAGGGAACUGUACGGAAAGGACCGAAUUGUGUGCCCAUUUCCGAGUGCAAGGACUGUGUUUGCAAUUCAUUGGGAGCAUCCAAGUACAUGACCUACGAUCGCAAGAGCUUCAGUUUCAAUGGAAACUGCACAUAUCUUUUGUCGCGGGAUGUGGUGCUUCCUGGUGUCCACACUUUCCAGGUUUAUGUUAGUAUGGAUGAUUGUAAGAAGCUGGGACAACCUACUCCUGUUCAGGGAGGCAGUUGUGCGAAGUCCUUGCAUAUUCUGAAUGGAGAUCAUGUGAUUCAUGUCCAACGCGUUCCAGAGAAACCGAAAGCCCUUCAAGUUUUGGUUGAUGGAUUCGAGGUGAAACAGAUUCCCUACAAAGACAGUUGGAUUAGCCUUCGCCAGAUUGUGGGCAAGGAACUGGUGCUCUCUCUUCCUGAAUCCCAUGUGGAACUCACAGCCUCCUUUGAGGAUUUAAUUUUCUCCCUGGGCGUUCCAAGUAUUAAAUAUGGCAGCAAGAUGGAAGGACUUUGUGGCGAUUGCAAUGGCAAUGCAGACAAUGAUCUUCAACCCAAUCCGGCCAAGAAAAAAGAUGGAGUAGAUGUGAUUGAAAGCUGGCAAGCAGAUGAACCAAAAUUGGGUUUGGUAGAGGAAUGUCUAAGUGAGGAUGUUCCCAAGGAGCAGUGCAUUCCCCUUCCACCGGAUAAGGAUCCCUGUCUGCAAUUCUACAAUGCCGAGCUGUUUGGCAAGUGUCCUUUGGCCGUGGAUCCCAUUUCGUAUGUCUCCGCCUGUCAGCAGGACAUCUGCAAGCCUGGAAACACUCAGCAAGGAGUUUGUGUGGCUUUGGCUGCCUACGCAAAGGAGUGCAAUCAACAUGGAAUCUGCACAAACUGGAGGAGACCACAACUUUGUCCCUAUGAAUGCCCAAGUGAUAUGGUUUAUGAGCCAUGUGGUUGUGCCAAGAAUUGCGAUACCGUGAAAGCCUUAUCCGAAUUCGAUGCAGUAAGCCUUAAAAACCAGGCUGUAGUUCACACUUUGAAAACCGAUGAAAUGUGUUUGAGCUCGGAGCGAUUUGAAGGUUGUUUCUGUCCCCCUGGAAAGGUAAUGGAUGGUGGCAAGUGUGUCCCCGAAAUUGCCUGCACAAAGUGCGAUGAUGGCCUCCAUUUGCCUGGCGAGAAGUGGCAGAAGGAUAAAUGCACUGAAUGUGAGUGCAAUCAAAAUGGAAAGACCUCCUGUGUGGAAAAGAAAUGUCAAGUGGAGGAGAACAUCUGUGCCGAGGGCUACAAACCCGAGGUAAUUGUUAAGGUGGAGGAGUGCUGUCCCAGAUAUCGAUGUGUUCCCGAAACCAAGGAUCCUGCUAAGUUAUGUUUGGCUCCAUUGAUGCCGAUUUGUGGACCAGGACAAUAUAAGAAGCAGAAGAAUGAUAUAAACGGAUGUCCACAGUACAUAUGCGAAUGCAAGCCCAAGGAUCAGUGUGAGAUUAUCAAACUGCGGGAAUUGCUGCCAGGCGAGGUUAUUGUUAAGAUUGAAGAAGGCUGUUGCCCUACUCAGAAAAUUGACUGCAAGCCAGAGUUGUGUCCCCAGGCUCCACUUAAUUGUAAAGAGCGAUUCUAUGAAGUCAAGACUACGAAGGAGCCAGGAUUGUGUUGUCCCAUACACAAGUGUGUACCUCCCAAGGACCUUUGCAUUGUUCAAUAUGAACUCGAUGAGACCACUAAAUUCACCAAACAAGUGGGUGAUAAAUGGACCCACGCCAAGGAGGUUUGCAAACAGGAGACGUGUUCCUACGGACCCGAUGGAAAUGCCCAAGUGGUCAGCACUUUGGAGCAGUGUAUCACGGAUUGUGCCCCAGGAUUCAGCUAUCAGAACUUGGACAAAACCAAGUGCUGUGGCAAGUGUGUUCAGACAGCUUGUGUAUUUGAGCAGAAACUCUAUGAAGCGAAUGCAAUUUGGAAAACGGAGGACAAUUGUACUACCUACAGCUGUUUGAAGAAGGAUGGUCAGUUUUUGGUUACCACAGCAAAGGAGGUUUGUCCGGAUGUGGGAAGCUGCCUUUCUCAUCUUUUGUAUCAAGAUGGCUGUUGUAAACGUUGUAAAGCAGAACCUUUGGUUGAAGAUAAAUCCACUUGUUUGCCUGUUUCCUUGGCCGAGUCGCAAACAAAGGAGAUUCUGAAGUUCCCCGCGCAAGGACAUGGAAUCUGUGUGAAUGCCGAGCCCAUUCAGGGAUUCACUGACUGCGAAGGUGCCUGUUCCUCGGGAUCGAAGUAUAAUACACUCACCGACAUGCACGAAAAGUUCUGCACUUGCUGCAGCAUCAAAUCCUAUACACCGAUCUCUGUAAAAAUGAUUUGCAAGGAUGGUCACACAUUCACUCAGAAGCACGAAGUGCCUUCCAACUGCGGUUGUUCGCCAUGUUCGGAGUUCUCAAACCCGCCGAUCGAUGUAAGAAUGCAACCGGAUGUUCAGUCGCCUUUGCUGAACUUACUCGGCAAUCAUUUGCACUGAUAAGUUAUAGUUUGCUCGAGAGUGAUUGAAUUAUGUUUAAGUACAUCGAACAUUUACAAUAAAAAUUAAAAAAAAAAAAAAACAAGGUAAUUCAUUUAAAACAAGAAAAGCUUAUACGCAGUCAUCAGUUGAUCCAAAUGCAAAAAGGCUAGAAAACAUCAAAGCUAUGACGAUUUUUCUAUACAUUUUCCAUAUUUUUGCCAUAUGAACAUAUGACAGCUAUAUGAUAUAGUUGCACGGUUGCCACUUCGAGCAUUUUUAAUAAGCCAAAAAAAAGAUUAAAAAUGAGCCAAUUUGAAUAAAAAGAGCCAAAUUUGUA